GUGUAACCUUUUCAAUUGGUGUUGGCGAACAACUGUAGUUUUUUAUGACAACAAGCGCUGAUACUAAUGCACUUUCUUUCUCUUUACCUGUUGACAACUGCUACGGAGCAGAUCUGAUGAUCGAACAUGUUUUGCAAAGCAGCGAAGCGAAAAAGAUCGUUAUUGAAGCAUUGAUUGGACAAGGCGCCAAUGAGCAUUAUUCGCCAAACCUAUUAGAAUCUAGUGUUGUGUAUGCCGCGGAUAAGUCGAAAGACAGGCCGCCGGUCCUUGUUGAAUUUUCAUCUGCUGUAGACAAGAACUACUUGCUCCGUGUUCUACGACAUUGUGACGAAAUUUUCUCUGCAUACGGUGCGUUGCCUGUCGUUCUGGUUACUGCCAUCGAUCAAUGUAGCCGCCAAGUCCUGAACAAAGCCACCAAGAACAAGUCAAAGCCUUUUCUUUUCAAGUUACCCUGCUAUCCAUGGGCAAACCAAUGCUUCAUUCUAAGCAAAGAAUCAAUUUCUUCCCAUAUCGAUAAAAUACCGUUGGAUCCGGUUGUCGCUCUUGGCUCCUUCUUCAUGGAACAGAAACAAUUGUUGGCCGAACACACUCAUCAUGAUGACCCAACCAUCCAACAGCUAUAUUACAUCGCAGAACCAAUUAUCCAAAAACAGGUUACUGAGCACUCAAGGAUAAGUCACUUGUUACGUGUUAUUAAUGAAAUAGAAUUACGAUGUGGCAAGGCCAUAAGGAUGCUUGACGACGACGCCGACUAUUCCAACGCGAAAAAGCGAACCAUCGAUUUACUAAAGGAAGGGAUGGCUUUCAUAAGAACAUGCAAGCGCCAAUGCAUAUCAAAUCCAUCAUCACCCAUGCUGGAGCCCCCCACUUCAGCUUCCCGUGAUUCAAGCGACCCAUCGUCAGGAAACAGCUUACCUGAGUCAUCAUCUCUCCAGCAAAACAUCUCGCGAGAACUGCUAUCAUCCAUCAAUGACCAUACAACUAUCGACGAGAACACCACAAAUUAGCAAUAUCUUUUGGGGGGUUUUUGAGGAACACAUAGAAUAAAUCGUGGGGAUGAACAGGAUGAACUGACAAGCGUGCUAUCAUAGUAGCUGCUGCAAAGAAUAUUUUAAAAAAAAUUUCCGCACAUGCUAGUCUUAGAAAUGCAUACAAUUUGCUGGGAAAGAUAAGGGGCCAAUAAACGUUGACAAAAGGGAUAGUGAGGUCGGGUUAUCAGUGACAUAUAAUUUGUG